ACUCAUCAUUUUCUAGAGAGAUCUAACAAUGGGAAGAGCCCCUUGUUGUGACAAAGCAAAUGUGAAGAAAGGUCCAUGGUCACCUGAAGAAGAUGCAAAGCUCAAAGACUAUAUAGAUAAACAUGGCACUAUUGGAGGAAAUUGGAUCUCCCUUCCUCAAAAAGCAGGCCUUAGAAGAUGCGGGAAGAGUUGCAGAUUGAGAUGGCUUAAUUAUCUCAGACCAAAUAUCAGACAUGGAGAAUUCUCGGAAGAUGAAGAUAGAAUUAUCUCUACCCUUUUUGCUACAAUUGGAAGCAGGUGGUCAAUAAUAGCAGGUCAAUUAGCAGGAAGAACAGACAAUGAUAUCAAGAAUUAUUGGAACACAAAACUAAAGAAGAAACUCAUGGGAAGAAUUACUAAUGAAUCUCACAAGAGAUUACAGAAUCCAGUAACACAAUUAAUAUUCCAAACCCCAUUUCCCAAUUCUAUGAUCUCAACUGGUGUUGACCACAAUUCACCCAUUAAAGUUCCAUCAAAUCUCCUGAUCACUAAUCACAAUUACAGUCAAUUGAUCAAAGAUCAGUAUUUACUUGCUUUUGGAGGGGAAACUAGUACUUCAAGUUCUUCUGAUAAUCAGAUGAUCAGUAGCCAAGAAGAUCUUGAUCGGUUAUGUAUGCAAUUUCAAGAUUAUGAUCAGAAAACAAAUGAUCAGUUGAUCUAUGGAAAUGAGAACAGUCAAAUGGAUUACAGCAGUCUGGAGGAGAUUAAGCAGCUUAUUAGCACAAAUUCAUGUAACAAUAACAUGAAUUUCUUUGUUGAUGAAAUCAAGGCAGAGGAAAAAUUCAUGUACUAAUAAUUAUUCAAAUUCCGACAAUCUAUCAUCUGUUUUCUAUUUUCUUGUUGUUCUUUUAUUAUUUGGACAGUAGUAUUUCGUAAAUAAAUGACUUUCCCUAUUUAGUGCA